AUGUCUGCCGAUGGACUGCUUUUUGGCGUAGGCCUUGUGUACUUUUUGGCCUUCUCCUCUCUUUAUAUUCAACUCCCAGGUAUGACCAUUUAGCUUCCUUGUCAUUUCUAGGUCUCAUUGGCGAUGACGGCAUUGCGCCUGUUCGUCUACUCCCACUCUCAGGUAAAAUCUUAGACAGCUUUCUUAUCGGCCUUUUUGUAUUUGAAGUCCCGAAGUCCUUGCAAGACUUUAUGCUGGGCACGCCAACUCUUCUCCGAUUCAAGGAUCUGGUCAGCCUCGACGCAUAUCACUUUGCUGAAAUGCUCGUCCUCAUUGGAAUUCUAGUCUCCUUCUUGGUCAUCGUGUCGAGAUCACUGAGACUGGUCGCCUUCUAUUUAGUGCUUUGGUUAUGCUUCCUUUCGGUUGUUAAGGUAUUGGUGCUCUUUCUGCAUGCACUUCCCUAGGUAAUUGCCCCACUGGAAAGGUUUUGGUGGAACAGCACCUUGCUCGAAGCUGGAUUACUGGCCACCAUUCUCGCUUUCCAACUUGGGAAACGAAGAUGCUUCUCAUCUUACCCCAUAGUCGCGUUUUCCGUCAAGUGGUUAUUAUUCAGAAUUUCCAUCUCGACUGGCCUCGCAAAACUUUCGCAACAGGACUCAGAAUGGUGGAGUCUCGGAGCAUUGAAAUCGCACUUCGAUUCUCAGGUAAUCAACGCAAAAGAAAUCUUCCUCUCCCCGUUUCGUUGCAUGGCCUGGUUGUUUCCUGGCUAUUUAAAGAUUUUGCAUCAUACAAUUGUGGUAAAGUUCCGAGGUUCUGUUAGAUAUAGAAGCAUCUUUCAUAUGCAUUCGGUCUUAAGUAAUCCGAUUGUAUGGACCUUUUGAAGUGCAGUUAGUAAACGUUACCAAAUGAUGCAGUAGCUUGCUCUGCUGCAUCGUUUUAGAGCCUUUUAAAGCUCUGACUUUUGCCUGAGUAAACGCGAGUCAAAUAAGCCUCUGCCAGCCUUAUAUCGUCUCAGUCUUUUGAAGAAAUCUGUGACGGACUGGACUUUAUCACCAUCAGCCGCUGUUUUGAGGUACAAAAAAUAGUGCUAAAGGUAGAACGUUGAUGUUCGAAUUGCCCUACUCGAGAGCGGAAAUCCCGAAGUGGACGUCAGGACGAGGUAAAACUACCGGUGGUACUUGUUUACUGAUCAUUCCUAGGACUUGGCAGCCUGAGUCUUCGGCUUACCCUAUUUUAGUCAAGACAAUGGUUCGAUCGAACUAUUGCGUAAUAUUUUUCACUCCUCGGCUAAGUUGUGACCGUCUCCGAGUCGCCGCGGUCAAACUGGGGGCAAUCACCAUAUCUUCUUCAACGUUGUUGUCUCUAUAUAUGACGUGUUAGGAAGCUAAUAUGCAUAAACAAGACACAGUUCAUCGGCGCAAUUAACAGACGGUUGUCGCCAACCACGUUUCAACCUUAUUUUACCUAUCUUUUCCUUGGCGAUAGCGUUAAAAAUAGUUUCUUUGCGUACUUUUACAUGUAUAAUACCUCGUUCUGUUCCGCUGUGAAUUGCUUCUCGGUCAUUAAAUCACCUAAGAGGCCUUUGACUUUUUUUCUUUUCAAGCUUCUCCCUACCCCCAUAGCUUGGUAUGCGGCCGCCAUCCCGGAUUGGGUACUUAGAC